GCUAUCUUAGCCUACACCAUCACCGCCCUCUCUGAACCCAACCACCGUACCAAUGGCACUCCACCGCUCCUCUGGGCCUCUCAUUUCGAGCCCAUUACUCACUCCCGCCACAACUCAAACCUCCACCAUUUUCAUCCGUUCACGCACACCACCUGUUUGUGUUAAUGCCACAGUCAAAGCCACCACCGCAUUGCCACUAAAAGCCACCGCCGGCGCACCCCAGAAACACGUGUACCCCGACCCAAUUCCGGAAUUCGCGGAAUUUGAGACCCACAAGUUCAGAGCUGAGCUUUCCCGGAAGCUAUUUAAGGACAAGGCGAAUUUUGGGGAUGAGUUCAAUAGUGUCGUGGACGUAUGCGCUGAGAUAUUUAGUGAAUUCUUGCUCAAGGAGUAUGGAGGACCUGGAACUUUAUUGGUGGAUCCCUUCACUGAUAUGUUGGUUGCUCUCAAGGAGAGGGAUCUACCAGGAGCACCUUUGGCUGCAAGGGCAUCACUGUUAUGGGCUCAAAACUAUUUGGAUCAAGACUGGGAUGUUUGGAACUCGAAAUCGUCACAGUGAUAUUUCAAUUUGUGAAUCCACAA